GUAGGAGAAGCAGUCAAGAAUCCCGAUUUCCCUCCUCCAGUUUUUCCUAUAUAAACCAUUCACUUGCUUUGCUUUGUCCCUACGAGCGUUCCCUUCACUUGCCUAAUUGCUUUGUUCCUAAGACCCUCCCGGGGACAUAUACGAACAUGAACAUGAACAUGAACAUGAACAGCAGCAAGGACAUGAUGAUGAGGCCGUUCCGCGUUCUCUUCUUCUCGAUUGCGCUGCUCUCGGCUUUCUUCGUCCCGACCGCGCUCUCCCAGGCAUGCCGAGGCUACACGUUCUCGAACAGCGUGGCUUAUGAGACGUGUACGGACCUGCCGGUCCUCAGCAGCUCCCUCCACUGGACCUACGACCAAUCCACGAGCCUCGCCACCAUCGCGUUCCGCCGCUCCGGGGCGUCCUCGUCGCAGUGGAUCUCGUGGGGCAUCAACCGGCAGGGUGCCGUCAUGUUGGGGACCCAGGCACUGAUGGCGCACCAGAACUCCAGCACCGGUUCGAUCGUAGCCUACACCACCCCGAUUGACAGCAUGUCACCCAGCCUGGCCCCGGGCAGCCUCAGCUUUGGGGUACCGACCAUCAGCGCCACGCUCGAUGGGGACGUGAUGACGAUCUUCGCGACGCUGCAGCUGACGAGCGAUAUGGUGACGGUGAACCAGGUGUGGCAGUAUGGAGAGAUGAACGGGGCAUCCCCAGGCGUCCAUCCAACUAGCGGGGCCAACCUCCAGUCGGUGGGGACCGUGAAUCUCCUCUCCGGGGCCGCCACCGGAGGGAGCAACUCCCGGCAGAGGAGGAGGAAUGUUCAUGGUGUGUUGAAUGCAGUGAGUUGGGGGACUCUCAUGCCUCUAGGAGCCCUGAUUGCUAGGUACUUGAAGGUGUUCAAGUCGGCCGAUCCGGCCUGGUUCUAUCUCCACAUUACUUGCCAGACCUCAGCCUACAUAGUCGGAGUCGCCGGGUGGGCCACCGGCAUGAAGCUCAGGAGCGACUCCUCUGGGAGCAACGAUGUCCACGGCAACAUCGGGAUCACCCUCUUUGCCAUGGGCACUCUCCAGGUGUUUGCGCUCCUGUUGAGGCCUAAGCCAGACCACAAGUAUAGGUUGUACUGGAACAUCUAUCACCACGCGAUCGGGUACGCAGUUAUCUCCCUCAGCAUAGUCAACGUGUUCGAGGGGCUCGACAUACUCGACCCUGCCGGCAAGUGGAGGACCGCGUACAUCAUAGUCAUCGCACUCAUCGGCGGCUGCGCCGUCCUGUUGGAAGGCAUCACGUGGGCCAUUGUCCUCAAGAGGAGAAGAACCGAGUCUCAUGAUCAGAAGUUCUCCCACGGCUUCAAUGGGACCAAUGCUUAUGGCAAUGGGGGAGCCCACGAUGGAGUAUGAUGAGCAUUGGCAGCUUAUGAUUCUCUUCUCAUUUUUGUAUAUUGAUAGAUGAUCGUAACCCAUUAUAGAUCUCCGCUUCUUUUGUUAGAUGGAUAGAUUGGUGAUGGUGAGAUAGCAUAUUUUUUUUAUGUUAUAUCGGUGCGAGAUUGUAUUUUUUUCCCCCCACUUCGGGGUAUACAUAAUUUAGAUGUUAUAGACUUAUUUUGAGUUCUUAUC